ACGGUGACGCGCUCGGAGGAAACAGCCGCACGCAUCGCUGCAGUUCAGACGCUCGAGGAGCGAAACCUCUGUGUGUUUCUGCGCCACCGCAAAAAACAGAUUCACCUGCUUCGAGAUUCUCUCUGCUGCUGCGUGGAUUACCGACCUGAUGCGGCCGAAACUCGCCUCAGAUAAGUAGGAAAUAACUCAACCUGUUCCUUUAAACCGAUUCCACAUCAGCAAACACCAAAGUACACCUCAAAGAUUUACCACCUCUUAUUAUAGAGACUUUCAUCUGGUCAAUAAUCAUCCGGAUAGUGUAUUUAAUCCCUAAAGAGGUGACAAGUUUUUAUUAUCUCGGAGCCCAGUGUUGUUUAUGAAUGCGUGACGUGGAAGUAAACUCUGCAUUAUUCUUGGAUGAAAAAGCCCAGAGGCGCAGCUCACUUUGGGAACUAAUGUGAAUUGAAAGCACUAGGAUGUAGUUGUUUUUUUUGUUGGAGGAUCCGGACCUGGAGAAUGAACUCAGUGAGCCACCUCUGCUUACUUCUUUCUGGGCUAUAAAGACACAUCAAGCCAUGGGUUGAAACCGACCAUGAUAGACUGCGGGGAUAUUCAACGUGGGAGGGAGCAGCAUUUUCUGUGUUAUGUAAUGAUUGACAGUGCCUGAUAAUUACUGGUAGAUCAUCAAUAACAUCACCCCCACCCCACCCCCCCUCCAUCACCCCUCCAUCACCCCUAUCCCCCCUUACCCUGUAUGAGGCUAAAGAGUGCUUAAUGUAUGUGAGAUGUUUUCUACUAAAAGUUAAUGAGCAGUUUAUUUGUCAGUGGAUAAAUUCAUAUUCUGCUUAUGUAUAUUUUUGUUAAAGCAAUUUCAUUAUAGAUCUUUGAUCAGCCUCAUUUAGACAAUACUUACCUCUGUCACCCUCCACCCUCCUCCAUCCAAUCUCAGUUUGUUUUGCUUCAUUUUAAUAUUCAUCAUGACGCCCCAAACUCUUGACCCGCUCCGUGCCGAUUUGGCACCGUCUUUCAAAAUGACUGUAACUUCAGCAAAACAGACAACUCUGUUUGAACUCUCUUCCCGGCGUUGCAAUAUCUUUAACGGCCACUAAGAUGCUCUAAUGAUCAUUUUUGCCCUCAGAUUUGGGUGAUAUGUAGUCACUCUGAAACUCUCAACCUCUUAAUCUCUGUGACUUCCUGUUUUUGAACAUCUGAAGCCAUCAGUUAUCUCCACUAGAGCCUUUCGUUCGUCCCUCCCUCCCCCCCACUCUUCAGGGCUGGUGGGGGGGGUGGAUCUCGGCCCCCGUGGGGUCGAAGCUGUGGCGGCGGCCUGUGGUGGUGGUCGUACCCCCAUAGGCAGGGCUCCCGCCAUGGAGACCAGCCCGGAGAGCCCCAACCGGGCCGUGGAGUACCUCCUGGAGCUCAACAACAUCAUCGAGAGCCAGGCCAAGCUCCUGGAGACGCAGCGGCGGCGCAUCGAGGAGCUGGAGGGCCAGCUGGACCGGGUCAGCCAAGAGAACCAGGACCUGAGGCAGGAUCGCAGCCCGCAGACGCCUGGUUCGGACACUCCCGUGCAGAACCACAACCACAGCCAGCCUCUAUCCCUCCCCAUCCAUCAUGGCAGUGGUGGAGGUGGUGGAGGUGGUGGAGGUGUUGGCGGUGGCGGGGGCAGCAGUGGGAACGGUAGCACCCCAACGGCUCAAGUGGCGGCUGCACCAUCCACAGCUCCAGUGCCCAGCAGGGAGAGGAGGACCCACACCAGGUUGACCAGAGGUGUCUCCUGCAGCUCCUCAACCACCGAGCGAGACCGGCUCGAACGCACCGACAGCACCGACACCAACACCAGCUCCACCAUACGGAGAAAUGUGGAAGGGGAUUCCCAGUGUCCAGAGACGGGCACCCACAAAGACAGCUCAUUCAGCCAGGCGCCUUACCUGCGCGGCUCAGAGCGCUACACUGACAGCAGCACCAGCAGCGCACCCUCCGCAUCCAGGGACCCUUCAUGCGUGUCCGCCUCCAGUUCAGCCAGCUUGGCCUGGGCACUGCGAACGCGCCACCAACCUGCGAGUCUGGCCCUCCGCAAGCAAGAGGAAGAGGAGAACAAGAGAUGCAAGGCCCUCUCAGACAGCUAUGAACUAUCGACGGAUAUGCAGGAUAAGAAGGUGGAGAUGCUGGAGAGAAAGUAUGGUGGCUCCUUUGUAAGUCGCAGAGCAGCUAGGAUCAUUCAGACGGCCUUCAGGCAGUAUCGCAUGAACAAGAACUUUGAGCGCCUUAGAAGUUCUGCGUCAGAGAGCCGCAUGACACGCCGCAUCAUCCUGUCCAACAUGAGACUGCAGUAUUCCUUCGAUGAGCGACAGCCUCAGCAGCAGGCCCAGACACAGACCAACUUCACCCACAAUGUCGCCAUAGGGCCUCCUCAUUCCCCCGACCCAGACCGGCCCGGAGACUACACCCGCUUAGAGGACUCCUUCUCCAAACAGGUCAAGUCCUUAGCUGACUCCAUAGAUGAUGCCCUCACCUGCCGCGCGGGUCGCGAUGACUCCCAGGAGGGCAGCAGGGAGGGCGGAGGGAUUAGUGAAGACUUCGGGGAGUGCGUGUGGAGCAGCAGCAGCAACCCCUCCUCCCAGAGAGGUUUGGGAGAACGAGCCAGGGGUGCUGGAGGAGGACUCAGUAUGCAUGGCGACAGCACCGCCACCUCGUACAGUGACGUCACCCUUUACAUGGACGAUGGCAUGCCGACAUCCCCACUGUCCCUGGAUCGGGCGCCCAGCAGCACAGAUACGGAGUACUGGGGCCCCGGUGGUGGCGUCGGAGGCCGAGAGGACAGCAGGGACACUGAGGGAGGGGGCAGCAGUAACAGUCGGCGCAGCACCCCGUGCACCGAAUGCAGGGACUAUCGACUAAGGGGCGCACAUCUGCCUCUCCUCACUAUCGAGCCGCCCAGCGACAGCUCGGUGGACAUGAGCGACCGCUCAGAUCGUGGCUCUCUGACAAGACAGCUGGUCUACGAGCAGGAGCCUGGGGUAGGGGCUGGCUCCCCUCAGGGAACCGUCAAACACUCCCCCAACACGGGCACCCGCCCUUCCUCCACGGCAGCGGCCCAGGGUCAGACCCGGGCCCCUGGCAGACCCAUACCCACACACAUCCCUCACCAGGUGGCGGCACACCACCACCAUCACCACCACCCUAUCCACCACCAUCAGUACCCGGACACGCCAUCGUCGUCCUCCUCCCCCCAACAGCCCCCCACCACUCCUCUGUCCUCCUCCUCCUCCACAGCUCUGCCACCCGGCGGUCUGGAGCAGCCGUGCUGCUCGGAUGGAGACAACGACUCGCUCAACUCCACCACCAACUCCAACGAGACGGUCAACUGCAGCUCGGGCUCCUCGUCUCAGGACAGCCUUCGGGAGCCUCUUCCACCUCUGGGGAAGCAGACCUACCAGAGAGAGAGCCGCCAUAGCUGGGACUCCCCGCCCUUCAACAGCGAUGUGGUGCAGAGACGCCAGUACCGCAUAGGUCUCAACCUCUUCAACAAGAAGCCAGAGAAAGGGAUCCAGUACCUGAUAGAGAGAGGUUUUGUAUCAGACACUCCUGUUGGGAUUGCUCGUUUCAUCCUGGAAAGGAAGGGCCUCAGCAGGCAGAUGAUUGGAGAGUUCCUGGGAAACCGGCAGAAACAAUUCAACAAAGAUGUUUUAGACUGUGUGGUGGAUGAGAUGGACUUCUCAGGGAUGGACCUGGACGACGCUCUCAGGAAGUUUCAGGCUCAGAUUAAAGUUCAAGGAGAAGCUCAGAAAGUGGAGCGGCUCAUAGAGGCUUUCAGUCAGAGAUACUGUGUGUGUAAUCCAACGCUGGUUCGGCAGUUCCAGAACCCGGACACCAUCUUUAUCUUGGCCUUUGCCAUCAUCCUCCUCAACACGGACAUGUACAGUCCCAACGUCAAAGCUGAGAGGAAGAUGAAGCUAGAGGAUUUCAUCAAGAAUUUGAGAGGCGUAGACAAUGGUCAGGAUAUACCCAGGGACCUACUGGUUGGGAUCUACCAGCGGAUACAGAAAUGGGAGCUGCGGACCAACGAUGACCACGUGUCCCAAGUGCAGGCAGUGGAGAGAGUCAUUGUGCUGUCCCUUCCCCAUCGUAGGCUGGUGUGUUGCUGCCAGCUCUACGAGGUCCCUGACCCCAACAGACCUCAGAGGACAGGAGUGCACCAGCGAGAGGUCUUCCUCUUUAACGACCUUCUGGUGGUGACCAAAAUCUUCCAGAAGAAGAAAACCUCAGUGACUUAUAGUUUCAGACAAUCUUUCCCGUUGGUUGAGAUGCAAGUGCACAUGUUCCAGAACUCCUACUACCCUCAUGGUAUCCGCCUGACCUCAGCAGUCCUGGGCGGGGACAGGAAGGUUCUUAUCGUCUUUAUGGCACCCAGUCAGCAAGACCGCACCCGCUUUGUUAGCGACCUCAGGGAGAGUAUUGCUGAAGUGCAAGAGAUGGAGAAAUACAGAGUGGAAUCGGAGUUGGAGAAACAGAAAGGUGUGAUGCGGCCCAGCUUGCUCACUGGCGGUGUGGUCGGAGGCGUGAAGGGCGAUGUUGUGAACGGCACCCUGGGACGGACGAGUUUUGAUGACAGCUGCUCAGUGGGCGAGGGUCUCAAACGCACGGCGCUCAGCUCAUCUCUCAGGGACCUAUCAGACGCAGGGAAACGUGGUCGCAGGAACAGUGUUGGUUCUCUGGACAGUACCAUGGAAGGCUCCAUCAUUAGCAGCCCACAGCCUCACCAACGCUACACAGUGCCAGGCGUGGUGCCUGGCUGCUAUGGAACAGAAGACUUUCGGCCUCACCGCCCCAUCCUGAGCCCCGGGUCAGGGGUGGGGGGUGGGCCGGGGCAGCAACAUACCACUGCUGGGACAGGAGUGGGGGGAGUCUCCAGCAGUGUAGAGAGAGCAGGAGCGGGGAGUGUCCCUGGGGGGAGCAGCAGCAACAACAGCGGCUCCUUCCUGGGCUCCCUAUUUGGCAGCAAACGCGCCAAACCACCAGGGCCCCUUAUUCCACCGGGGCCACCUUACCCCGCACCUGUACCCCCACCGACUACGGGAGGGCCCCCUCCUCACUCCCCGUCAUCGCUGUGCCAGCUGGACGGGGGACCCUCCAAGAUCCAGGCGCUGCACGCACAGUACUGUCACGUGGCCACCGUGCAGCCCCCGCCACCAUACUACCAUCACCAUCGCUACCACGUCCAAACUAUCCCUCCUCCCUUGCAAGGGGUGCCCCCUCAUACUGUACAGAGAGGCCCGCUUCCCUGUCGUGCACCGCUUGGCCCCCUGCACGGCCAGCACCCGCAGCUGGCCCAUCUCUCCCAGCUCUCCCAGCAUGGGCUUCCGGUUCGUUACGCCAACAUGGUGGUGGGAUGUCCCCCCCCCCUUUCUCCUCUCUCCCAACAUUCCCAGAACCCACAGUUCACCCUGUACCACGCGCAGCCUACACACUCUAUCAGAGGGGGUGCCGUCCCUGGUACCAAACUCCCGUUAACCCUGUCCCACUCCCACCCGCACCCGCACCCCCACGCACACUCCCAAACCCACCCCGGACACGUGCACACACCACACCCAGCCAACCACUCUACCCACCAAACACACUUCAUAUUCGGCACUCUGCCCCACAACCUUCCGUCCGCCUCCGUCAAUGCGCAUCACGCAGCUACCGUCGGCCCGUAUCUGCCCCAGUACCCUCCUCUUUCAUCUAUCCCCCCUCCCCCACCACAUUCCCCUUUACCCCCCCCUUCGUCCCCCCUUACCCCUCUUACACCUCUCUCCCCUCUCCCCCCCCAGCACCCCGGGCUGCCUCAGCAGGGGCCGCAGGUGACGGGGGCUGGAGCGACAGGUACAGGGGGCAGCUCCAAGUCCAAGCCUAUCAACCGGAUAAGUACCGUGGUGUGAGCCGGAUGUGGGGCCCCAGGGGUCAGAGGUCAGAUUAUAGAGUGGAGGAGGUGGGCAGAGCGAGGUCCAGGACCAAGUCUGCCAGGACAGAGAGUAACAGCAGCAGCGCUAGUGACAAGAGGAAACGCAGUUUGCUUCGUCUCUGUUA